AUGCUGUCCACAACGCCGCAUUUACGCACACUGUUACGCACGUCUAUACUCACAGCUCGAUACAGCUCCAUCAUGCCUGCGAAGAAGCGCAAAGAGUCCGAGGCGUUCUCCUCCGAAGGAUCACGACAACACGGCGCGUCAUCUCAACUCACAUCGCGUUCACUGCCUGACCUAAGACAACCACAUCCCAACGCACAGCAGACCGAAGACUUUGGUAUAGUCUUACGCGACUUUUAUCCUCCGGAAAUAAGCAAUGCGCGCUGCCAUGCCUAUAAUGAAGGAGUAUUGGAGCGUCCUAUUGAAGCACUGCAGCGGGCAUAUAAAGAGACAGCAGAGCAAUGCCAGGAUAUCCAACCAGGCAAAGCCGUUGUGCAUUGGUUUAAACAAGACCUCCGCCUUCAAGAUAAUCGCUCGCUACACAGAGCCUACAGUUUCGCUCGCUAUCACAAUAUACCUCUUAUCUGUUUAUAUAUUUUUUCGCCAGAAGAUUUGACUGCCCAUUUAUGCAGUCCCCCUCGAGUUGACCUUAUCUUGCGGACACUGGUCACUCUGAAAUCGGAAUUGUCUAGGAAGGAUAUUCCAUUAUACAUGGAAUCAAUCGAAAGAAGAAAGGGAAUUCCCAGCCGUAUAGUUGAGCUGUGUAAGACUUGGGGCGCAAACCAUCUUUUUGCUAAUAUAGAGUACGAAGUGGAUGAGCUCCGGCGUGAAGCAAAGCUCACUCGUCUCUGUGCUACGCAAGGCAUUAGAUUUGACACCGAGGACGAUACCUGUGUCGUGGCUCCUGGAGAAUUGACUACACAGCAAGGCAAACAAUAUGCUGUAUAUAGCCCCUGGUAUCGGUCUUGGGUGGCUUACCUCAAGCAGCAUCCGGAAAACUUAGAGCUUGUUGACGCACCAGCUGUAAAUGCAGGUAAUGCACGGAAACAUUUUAAGAACUUAUUUGACAGUGCUGUUCCGAUAGCUCCAAAUCAAAUGAAGUUAUCCGAAGCAGAACAAGAACGAUUUAAGAAAAUGUAUCCUGAAGGCGAGCAAGAAGCAGCACGAAGGCUCCGAGAAUUCUUAUCGAAAAAGGGAAAACAGUAUCACGCCAAACGGGACUUUAUGUCUAGCCAGUUUACCUCUGUUCUGAGCCCCUAUUUUAGUUGUGGAGCUUUGAGUGCUCGAACUGCAGUUCGUAUGGCCAGAGAUGCUAAUGGUAACGAGCUGGCCGGGAAAAGUCCAGGUUACUCUACGUGGAUUAGCGAAGUGGCCUGGCGAGACUUUUACAAACACGUGUUAACUCAUUGGCCCUAUAUAUGGUAA